CGUAAAACUUCAUAACCUUCAAAUAGACGGGGAUAAAGGAAGGUUGAUAAAAUAAAUGAAGAUCAGAAAGUUUUUUUAUUAUUUAAAUUUUUUUUAUUUUAUAAUGUUUUAUGAAAAAAACUAAAAAUGAUCCAAGUUUUGCAGUUGAUCAAUAUAAAGAAAUUUUAAUUCAAAUUUUAUGCUAUUAAGUCGUUUCUGACUAUUUUACGAUGUGUUUUCGGCAAUUGUCGAAAAAAAAAAUGACUUUGUUUAUAUAAUUUAGUUAUUAUCGUCCAUUUUUAUAAUAUCAUUCUACAGCGCUAUAAAAUAAUAAGUUUUAUAAGAAAAACAAAUAACGAUAACUUUCUGAAUCAUGGCAAAUGAAGUUAUAUAUUUAUCAUCGGAUGAUGAAAACAUGUCUAAAAAGUCCGAUCAUAUAACCAUUAAACAGUCAUCUUCUCAAAAUUCUUCUAUCAAAGAAAAUAAUGAGAAAAAAAGAAAAUUAUCUUCAACAUCUGUCAAUUCAUCAGCAACAUCAGAAUCAUCUGAGAAAUCAGUGAAAAAAAGAGUUUGCCUGCAAAGUCAACCAUUUGAAAAAAAAUCACAUAGUAUAAAUAGUAAUAGUGAAUUAUUAUUAAAUAAUGCACAACCGUCAACUUCUGGUUUGCAAACUGUCGAAAAAAAGACAAGCCCAGGUCUUGAAGUGCAACAACCACUAUUAGUUAUUAAAGAAAAACAUCCUGUAAAUAUAUUAAAUGGAAAUGAAGAUUUAUUCGCCGCAUUCAUAGGGCAAAUAUUUCAAAGAGAUCGUAGCGAUGAUAUGGUAAAAAUUGUUGAAAAAUUAAAAAGACGUUAUGAACAACUCGAUCCUGUUUAUGCUAAAUCCGUAGCAUUCGCAGAUUUACUUAAUGAAAAAAGAGAAAUUCUUUUAAAUCAAAAUAGUGUAUUAUUUAGACACAUAGCCGAAGUUAAUGAAGAAAUGAAAAAACGAAAAUUAGGUAAAUGCAAGUACAAUGAUUUUAAUAGCCGUCCUGCUAUUACUGUUCAUGAUAAUGAAUCAGAUGCAAAUGAGAACGAAUCUGAAAAAGAAGUCUUUGAUGAGUAUCGUGAAAUGGAUCAAAGAAGGAAAGAAAAAAUUAAAGCAAUAGAGAAAUGUAUGGAAGUCGUUCAGAAAAGAAUCAACAAGCUGGAAGCAACUGAAGUUGAUUUUGACGAUGAAAUGGAUAGUACUUUUAUGAAAACAGAAAAAUAUAAAAAAAGAAUGGUCGAAUUAUAUAGUCUAUGGUGUAGAUAUACAAAUAAUGACGAAACCGCCAAUCGAUCUUAUUUACGACCAAAACAUUUCAAUAAACUUACAGGAAUUGUUACUGUUGAUCAGGCAAUCAAUAGUUUUAUUAAUUCAAAAUUAGAAAAAAGAAGAAAAAAACAAACCAAGAAUAAUAGUGAGAUAUUUCCAGAUUAUAUCGAUAUUUUAAACGUUGUUCAUAAACACAAUGUUCAGAAUAAUUUAGGUAUGGAUAAAAGAGCAGAAAGAGAAGCAGCUAAAAGUGCUUUUACCAAACUAGGUGAAUAUCUGCAACGUGUGCGAAGAGAAGAUUUAUUCGAUAGUUUUUCUACUUUUUAUGAAAAUGACGAAGAUCCAGUAAAAAAAGAUUCUGAGUUGGCACGUAAAUUUUUGGAAAAUCGAACAAUAGGUGAGAAGAAAAUGAAUGCAAUUUUUGACGAGUAUACCAAAAAACAAGAAGAGCUUAAAGAGAAAAGAAACGAUCAAAAAAAUCAUCAUGGUAACUCGGAAAGUGAUAAUGAUGAUGGUGAUAAAAACAGUGAAGAUGAAGAUGACGACGACGAUGAUAAUGAUGAUGAUGAUGAUGAUGAUGAUGAUGAUAAUGAUGAUGAAAGAGACGUAAGUGAUGCAGAACUCAUGGACAUUUCUGAUGACGAAUUAGAAACUGACAAAGUGGCAGUAGUCAAUGAUAGUGAAAAACAAGCAAAUUCUUUGUCAAAGACUGAAGAUAAGUCAGAGGAAAGUAUUGUUGAUAAACCUGACGAAAAAAAAAAUCAUGAUAGUAAAAAAAAAGAUGAUAAUAAUGAUGAUGGUGAUAGGAAUAAAAAUGAAGAACCUGUACCAACCAUUAAUCAUAUGGAGAACGAACGAGAUAUAGUGUCAACAAAAAAUUCUGAAUCAAAUACUGAAACUGAAAAUCAAGUUAAUAAAGUUCAUGAAGAAAGUGGGGAUAGUAAUGAAGCUAUAAAUGAGCAACCUAUAUUAAAACUACGAUCAUUUGCAAAGCCACCGACGUAUUGGCAAAAUUCUCAAGACGGAGAAAGUAAUAUUAAGAAGAGUGAACAGAGCUCAUCAAAUGGACCAAUUGAAGUUAUUGAUAUUGAUGACUCUGAUGAACCACCGACAAACAAAAGUACGAACAAACAACAGGUGAACGCUAAAGGACCGCGAAUAGUGAAAAUAAUUCAAAAAAAGGUGCGAGUGAAACCAUUUCAGAAAAAGGCAAUAAUAAUUAAAAAUACAACAGAUCCAAAAGCUAUAGUACCAACACAACAUGUGCGUAUUCUCCCGUUAAAUAAAACCCGAAAUUUAAAUGUUACAAUAUUGAAACCUAAUAUAACGGUGAUAGGAGCUACUUCGAAAUCAAAUAGCAGUAUAGUUCAAUCACCCGCAGUUUCCACUACUGUAAAUAGAGUUAUAAACCCUAUGGCCAGAGAAAAUUCAAAUAGCCAACAAUUAGUUAACAUAUUAGGUGUUGUAUACCAUGUAAAUAACAAAAUAGUGAAUAAGUGAAAUAUUUUGUAUUCUAUUAAUUUUAUAAUAAAAUCAAGGGAACAGUUCAAUGGAUUUUAUAAACGAAAGAAAUUUAUACUAUUUCGAUUAAAUAUUUAAAUUAAUGACAAUUUUCGUUUGAUACAGAUUGAUUGAA